GUGCUCUAGCGUCCCGUUCGUGUCGUCAGCUGCUCGCACCGAGAUCGCGAGCUCUUAUAACGAAACGUUUCUCGCCACAAAAUUCGACGGACACUUGCGAUCGAUUAAAUCGAAUUCGUACAAAAUACACGUGUCAGUGUUUAUUAUCCCGAUCGCUCCAAUUCUGGCGACCAACUUCUGUUUCCCUUCGGUUUAUCGAUCGACCGGGCAAGCCGUUUUCGCGCGCAUUUUUUCCACGAGCAACAAGCUAAAGAAAGAAGAUUUCUUUGGACGGAAAGAUUGAGGCGUCCUCGUGAUCAUCCCGGAGAACGUUGCAUCGAGCACGUCAACUUGCGUGGAAGAGGCAAAAUAGAGGAGAUCGCGUCGAUCAACUUUAAGUUUACGAGGUGGCGUGACAGGAUCGAGCCAAUAGUCGUUGAAUCGAUUAAAUACCGAAAAAAUAAAACCAGCAGACGAAGCGAAGUCGAUUUUCAUCGAUUGACGAAGUGUUCGCGCUUGGUGGCGAAGAUCGAACACCGAGGGAAUCUCUUUCUUCUUCGCAUCACACGCACGUCGUGCAUCUCGCUCUCACGCUGAUAAUAUAGUUUAACAGUGAGAGCAAGGCAGUGAGAAUGGCUCUCUUCCGGAAGUUCAAUGAGAAGAUUCCCCGGAGAGGAAUUCUGGGGGCGAUGAUGUUUCUGGCUUGCAUGUUCUCGUAUGUUAUUCGUACUAAUUUAUCCAUAACUAUUGUUGCUAUGGUAAAUGCUACGAGCAAAGACGGUGGAGUAGGUCCAGCGUGCUCUAUAGCAGACAUAAAAAGCAAUAAGACAGUCGAGAUCAAAGAUUAUGGAGAACGUUUUGAAUGGAAUCAACAUAUCCAAGGACUGUUACUAUCAGGAUAUUUUUAUGGCGUUUUACCAGCUAGUGUACCAGCUGGACUCUUAGCCGAAAAAUAUGGAGGUUCUAAAGUAGUAGCAUUUGCCACAUUAAUACCCGCAGUAUUAAAUCUCUUAAUGCCAUGGGCUGCUUCUGUUCACUACGGUUUCGUCUUCGCUCUUCGUUUUGUAAUGGGAUUUUUUGGAGGCGCCGUUUAUCCUGCUCUCCAUGCGAUGAUUGCUAGAUGGGUGCCUCCUGGUGAAAAAGGCAUGUUUGUGUGGACUAUGCAAGGUGGUCCAUUCGGAACUGUUGUGACAUUCGCUUUAUGUGGUGCGGUAAUCAGCGCUUAUGGAUGGAAAACUGCAUUUUACGUUACAAGUGCACUUAUGUUAGUUUUUUAUGCUUUAUGGGUAUACCUAAUAUACGAUACACCGGAAUUGCAUCCCGGGAUCACGGAUAAAGAGAAAACGUAUAUAAAAGAACAAAUCGGCACUACUGUCUCAAAGCAAAAGGUCCAAUUACCAAUAAAGGCAGUUGCUACAUCUUGUCCGUUUCUAGUAUUAUUAUGGGCUCAUUUUGCAAACAUGUGGGGUAUAUAUUUCAUCGCUACAAACGGCCCGAAAUACACGUUAGAAGUCCUCGGUUUCAACAUGAAAUCGGGUGGCGCAAUAACUGGAUUGCCUUAUAUAGCUAGAUUAGGCGCCGGAGUAUUAUUUGCAGCAGCGGGCGAUUAUGUGCGAAGGAAGAACUUUUUGACUCUAAGCUGGUUAAGAAAGAUAUUUAUGCUUUUCUCUCACAUGGGACCUGCAGCUUGUUUAAUAGUGAUGACAUAUGCCGGUUGUGAUGCUACAGUUGCGAUGGUAAUGUUAAUAUUUGCGUUAGCCUUCAACGGAGCUGCGUGUCAGACCAAUUUACAAAAUCAUCAGGAUUUAGCACCAAAUUAUGCUGGUUCUUUAUACGGAAUUAUGAAUACAUUCGGUAGUUUUCCCGGAUUCAUCAUUCCACCCAUUAUUGGUGCUUUAACCAAUGAGAGAAACGGAGUUGAGGAAUGGCGUAUAAUGUUCUGGAUAUCGGCGAUAGUAUUUAUAUCGGCAACGGUACUGUUUUGGCUAUUCGGAUCGGCGGAAAUUCAACCGUGGAAUGAUUCGACUCACACUAAAGUACCUACUAUCGCUGAAGAGGAGAAGCAGAUAACGAUAAAAGAUACAGCGAUUGAUACGGAAACCGAAGAAAACGAACGUCUCUAAUGAUUUAGAAAAUUAAACGAAGGUAAUAUGUGUCCAUGUCUGUACAGAAAUUAAUAGUUUAUUGUCGAAAAAAGAAUACAUUUGAGGAUAAUGCAAAUUUUGACUUUUCUGUCAAAAAAUGUUAUUAUGUCAUAUUUUAUAUACCAAUUACAAUCAAUUUGUAUAGCUUCCAAUUAUUAAUGGAUACGAAAAUAAUUAUCUCCUUAUUAACGUAUAUCAUAAACUUGAAGUAAAACAGAGAUAAUUAAAAUCUACAGAAUAUUCAAUAUAGAAUAUUCAUAAUUAUGUUAUUUAGAAUAUUCAUGCUCCCAAUUACAGAUACAUAUUGCUGGAAUAUCAUGCCAUCUUUCGUAUUUAAUCGGAUUUAUAUCUUCUAGAUAAAGUUAUUUUUUUUAGAAUAUAAGACUAGAAUAUUUCGGAAGAUAAAACGUUUUAGAUUUUAUAUAUUUUUCAUGACUUUCAUGCAUUUGUAUCAUCUCAAAUAUUUAAUUAUAAGUAUUUAUAUAUUUGAUAUUGUAUCACGUAUACUACUUACAUCACAAAACGUCACGAUCGUAUCAUCAGAUAUCUAAAAGAAUUAUAGACGUGGUAUUCAAACAAUGUUUCGAAACGUAAGAAUACUCUAUAGUGCAUUUUUUGAUUGCGUGCCAAAGUACAUGUAUGUUAUUCUCAUUGAAGGACAAAACUAUGGUCGAUGAAUUUAAUAGAUUCUCUGUGAGAUAGAUAUGAGGAACCUUUGGCACUGUCUUCGGCCUAAUAAAUAGCCGAGGCUAAGUUAGAUAUUAUAAAUACUUUAUGCUAGGUACAUUAAAUCGUCAUGUCUGUAUAUUUCUCAUUAUACACAAUGUUAAACUUUCUUUGCACGAGACGAUUUUACAUGUAACUGUGAUAUACAUAUUCGCAGUAAUUUACGCAUACUGAUCUCCGAUUUAAUCGCGGCCAGUGAUCUACAGAUUGUCUAAUAUUCCAAUUUAUUUGUGAAUAGACAAAUAAAUUAGGCAAAUAAAUUAAAUGAUCACAAAAUAUUCAAAUCAUGAAAUAAAAUUGCGGUGAAAAGUAGCUUUUCUAUAAUUUUUACUUAUGUCUUUGCGUCUAGAGAAUGACUGAAAAUUUUAAGAUCUAAUCACUCACAUCUGAAGUUGAUUGCACUCGUGAAUAGGCGAAGAAGAAACACAUCACAUUCAUAGAUUAUGGAAAGAUAUACUGUACUGAAACGUACAUAUGCGUUUGCUAUCUAUAGAAAAUAUAGAAAAUAAUAAAUGUGUUGUUCCUAUAUUUGAAAAAGGCGAUCAUUGUUCAAAUCGAAUUAUUUCAACGCAAUGUUUGUUGUUUCACCAAUAAUAAUAUUACUACGCAUGUAAUUACAUUAAAAUCUAUGUAAAGGAAGUGUUUAGCAAUAAUAUUUUUUGCGUAAUAAUCAUAAAGAAAAAGUAUACAUGAAGAUACAACUCGUUUACUUGUUUUAAAGUAAAUAAGUUAUGCGCAUAUAUAGAUGUGUCAUAAUAUUAUUAAUUGAGUUGUAUAUGUUAUUUUUAAACACAUAUUUUUUAAAAUAUAUGUCUUUUAUUUAAUUAAAUCUCGACAGCAUUUGUUUUGUGAAAUUCGUGUACAAAUCGUAAUAGAUUGUAUGUACAUACAUGUAUAACGAACGAUCGACUAUUAUGCGACUUCUCAUUAUAUAAUAAUAAAGAAAGUCAUGUGUGUCUCUACAAA